AUGUCUGUAUCAUCCCAACCAGCAGGCGUCAAUACAAAAGAGCUACUUCAGAGGCUGACCAGUCGCUCUGUUUACUGGCUAGAUAAAAUCCCGCCGGAGAAGACUGAACCCACCACACAAAUUGAGUUGACUUCUCGUUGGUCAGACUUGACCAGAAGUAAAGAUUUCUACACUCAAGUCCCGCUCUCUCCCAUAUGGGAGGUCAGCAAAUGGGCUCUCAGGGCCGUCCCAUCUGAACGGUUAUGUAAAUUGGCUCAACCUCGAGCCCCUGUAGAAGAGUGGCAGCCUGGCCGCCCUCUGCCAGCACCGUUGAAUAGAGGAACACAGACAGCAGUCGCCUCUUACCGGAUUUGCCAGCUUGCCCAGCCAAGGAGGCGGCAGAUUCAAGCAGUAUCUAGCUUCAGAUCUGAACUUCGACCUAUGACCCAGUUGGCCUCGAGAACAUCUGCCCAUAUAGAGCUACUAGCCACUCCAAAGCAUGACCACCCCAAGUAUGAGGGAGAGCGCCCAGUAUGCUGGCCAGUUUCCAAAGCAGCUAGAAAUCAUGUGGCUAGCCAGAGACUUUGUGAACUGUCUUGUCCCAAAAUGAGGAAAUCACUGUUUGACGGGUACGACCCAUAUGUUGUUAGCUGGACGGCUCGCUCUGCUAACCCGUCCACUCGGAUACAAGAACUCAGUUUACCUCUGUCUCGAAAAUGUAGUUCAAAGGAAUGACCCCUGCCCAUGCAGUCCCUAGAGAAGUGUUCAUUGUUCUCAGUUUCCUCACCGAAAUCUUGCUGAGAUCAUGUUCAUUUCAAACAGCUGUUUUUGCCUCAGUUUUUAAUCUUUGUGUUUUAGUGGGUUCAUUUCCAGCUCAUCAAAGACUGCAAUGGUUUUAAAAUUGUUGUCUUAAUGUUUUAAACAGUUACUGUAUCACUCUAUGUGAAGAAUCGUAGUUACAGCUAAAAUAUUUUAAUCUUUUAUAAAUUUACAGGUGAAACAUCUUUUAUUUUAAGCUAGUCACAAUCGAGCUUUAGACAAGGCCACAGUAAAAUAACUGCCAUUACAUUUGUCACAAACAACGGCAUUACUGUUUUAGGAAAAAAAGGAUGUACUGCUCUUUCUUUUUAAAUGUAACUAAAGCAUUUGAUCUUGUACACCGUGGCUUCUUUUAUAAAGUCUGCUUGGGUGUUCUUCAAGAGUUAAUUUUGGUACCAUUUCUUUUUUCUAUGAAUUACACACAGAAUCCUGAAUUGGUCUAGCUCCAGCUAUGCUUCACUUAUAUGCGGACGACACAGUUAUUAAUCCAAUGACAUCACCCUUAGUGGCAAUUAAGUGGCAAUAUUUUUUUAAUCCAUGUUCAACCUUUUUCAAAAUUCUUUAGUAAAGCUUAAUAAAAAGACUACACUUCCAUUACUAUGCAAAAAUACAUUUCUUCUGUUUUUGAUUUUUUGUUGCAUUUAAUGUUUCAGAUCUUCAAACUAAUUUUAAAACCAGGUAAAAAAAAUAAACUUAGUAAAUCAAAAAGUUUUCAAAUAAUGAUAUCAUUUAUUUGGCGAAAAAGCUAUACAAGGGUAACUGGCCUUAUGUGAAAAACUGAUGACAUCAUAAACCUAAUAACUGGCUGUGCCUCCCUUGGCAGCAGAAACUGCCAACAAGAACUGGCAAUGAGUUUUUCAUAUCACCGUGGAAGAAUUUUAACCAACUCUCUUCUUUGCAGACUUGAUUAAUUCCAGACACAUUGGAGGACUUCCAAGCAUUACCAGCUUGCUUGAUGUCAUGCUACAAAAUCAAAAUCUGAUUAAAAUGGUGGUGUGAUUAUUGUUUAUUUUGAGCUUAGUAUUUUUUCAGUCUAUGUAUGAUCAGGACUUUCAAACAAAAGAAAUGUGGUAUCUCUAUGAGAUCUUCCUGGUUAAAUUUAUGUAAUAUGAAAUAAAUCUUGCGGC